UUAUCUACAUAAUAAUCAGAUUUGAGGUCCACAGCCCUCUGUGGUCCUGCUAUAGAACAAUUUUCAGAGAGUGACUGGUGUGUUCUGAGGUGUGCCACAGUGACUGUUUGCCCUUGAUAAGGAAAGCAAGCUCUCUUGCUCUUGGGACAUCCUCGUUUCCUUUAAAGCUUUCAGGUCAUAACCGCUUUGGCCGGCAUACAUCUUUGUGCAAGAGGAAGGCUUUCACAUGAAAGUGUCUCUUGGUAACGGUGAAAUGGGCGUCUCCGCCCAUUUACAGCCUUGCAAGGCAGGAACCACACGUUUUUUUACCAGCAAUACUCACAGUUCGGUGGUUUUGCAAGGCUUUGAUCAGCUUAGAAUAGAAGGAUUGCUUUGUGACGUGACCCUGGUACCAGGUGAUGGAGAUGAAAUCUUCCCUGUUCAUAGAGCUAUGAUGGCGUCUGCUAGUGAUUAUUUCAAGGCUAUGUUCACAGGUGGAAUGAAAGAACAAGAUUUAAUGUGCAUUAAGCUUCAUGGGGUGAACAAAGUUGGUCUGAAGAAAAUAAUUGAUUUUAUUUAUACUGCAAAACUUUCUCUUAAUAUGGACACUCUUCAGGACACACUUGAAGCAGCCAGCUUUUUACAAAUUUUACCUGUUUUAGACUUCUGUAAAGUGUUUCUUAUUUCAGGAGUCUCUUUAGAUAACUGUGUUGAAGUUGGACGAAUUGCUAACACCUACAAUCUUAUAGAGGUAGAUAAAUAUGUCAAUAAUUUCAUCCUGAAGAAUUUUCCUGCAUUAUUGAGUACUGGGGAGUUUCUAAAACUCCCUUUUGAACGGCUUGCCUUUGUGCUUUCUAGCAAUAGUCUUAAGCACUGUACUGAACUUGAGCUUUUCAAGGCUGCCUGUCGCUGGCUAAGGUUGGAAGACCCUCGGAUGGAUUAUGCUGCAAAAUUAAUGAAGAAUAUUCGAUUUCCACUGAUGACACCACAGGAUCUCAUCAAUUAUGUGCAGACAGUAGAUUUCAUGAGAACAGACAAUACCUGUGUGAAUUUGCUUUUGGAAGCUAGCAAUUACCAAAUGAUGCCAUAUAUGCAGCCAGUGAUGCAGUCAGAUAGAACUGCCAUUAGAUCUGACUCAACCCAUUUGGUUACAUUAGGAGGAGUUUUGAGGCAGCAGCUGGUUGUCAGUAAAGAAUUACGGAUGUAUGAUGAAAGGGCGCAAGAGUGGAGAUCUUUAGCCCCAAUGGAUGCUCCUCGUUACCAGCAUGGCAUUGCUGUCAUUGGAAACUUUCUUUAUGUAGUUGGUGGUCAAAGUAAUUAUGAUACAAAAGGAAAAACUGCCGUUGAUACAGUUUUCAGAUUUGACCCUCGGUAUAAUAAGUGGAUGCAGGUUGCUUCGUUAAAUGAAAAGCGCACAUUUUUCCACUUGAGUGCUCUCAAAGGACAUUUGUAUGCCGUUGGUGGGCGAAGUGCAGCUGGUGAGCUGGCCACAGUAGAAUGUUACAAUCCAAGAAUGAAUGAGUGGAGCUAUGUUGCAAAAAUGAGUGAACCCCACUAUGGCCAUGCUGGAACAGUGUAUGGAGGCUUAAUGUAUAUUUCAGGAGGAAUUACUCAUGAUACUUUCCAAAACGAGCUCAUGUGUUUUGACCCUGAUACAGACAAAUGGACACAGAAGGCUCCAAUGACUACAGUCAGAGGUCUGCAUUGCAUGUGUACAGUUGGAGACAAGCUCUAUGUCAUUGGUGGCAAUCACUUCAGAGGAACAAGUGAUUAUGAUGAUGUUCUAAGCUGUGAAUACUAUUCACCGACCCUUGACCAGUGGACACCAAUUGCUGCCAUGUUAAGAGGUCAGAGUGAUGUCGGAGUUGCCGUCUUUGAAAAUAAAAUCUAUGUCGUAGGUGGAUAUUCUUGGAAUAAUCGUUGUAUGGUAGAAAUUGUCCAGAAAUAUGACCCAGAAAAGGAUGAGUGGCAUAAAGUUUUUGACCUUCCAGAGUCACUUGGUGGCAUUCGAGCUUGUACUCUCACAGUUUUUCCACCUGAAGAAAACCCUGGGUCACCUUCCAGAGAAUCACCUCUUUCAGCACCUUCAGAUCAUUCUUAGGACCAAGGUGUAAAAUACCUUUGCAGUGCAUCAUGGAUGAUCCCAUAUUUCCCCUUCAGUUGUAUCUUCUUACAUUGAUUGGUACAGUUAUUAGAUAAAAAGAAAAUUUCAUUCAAAACUACAGAAGCAUACUAUCAGAAGUAAAACCAACGUUCUAUCUGCAGCUCAACGAUUGAAAGACCUUAGGUUCCUUUAGGUGUAAAGAAAGAUUGAGACUUUCCUAGUUUCCUGAGGUUCUUUGAUCAUCUGUACCAUCAUUACCCUGAAUUCUUCUCCUCAGUUUUAGAAGAUCUCUUCUGGUUGGUUCUGGUCUUUUUCAUUGAUGGUUGUUCUGCAAGUACUUGUGAUUUUGGUGUGCUCAUGAGAGGAGUACACUUACCAGCCAUGUGCAACACGUUCCUGGCUAUCAUUUGGGAGGAAUACUGCUGUGUGUAGACCAAGCUCAAGGAGAUGCCUCUAGUUAGCCCCCAAACUCAGUGUCCAGAAAUGGGUUUUUACAUAUCCUGCUGGGUGCUUGCAGCUGGUCAGAGCUCCCAGUGGACAACCUGCUGAUGUGGACUACCUACUGGGGCACAGUAGAGAAGCCCCAUCAAGAUCUAGGUAGCGAUCAGGAUUAUAACUUUGAGAAUGACCUAAGUCUGCUGAAGCAUUGGUUGUGUGCAGAGGCAGGAGCCGCAAGGGGACUUCGUUCAGGACAGUGGUAGAACUGGGGUCAUCUCGUUACUGCUACUAACCAGUCUCGAACUACAAUCAAGUCACUAGCUGGAUGUUUUGUUAAAACAUCAUUAAAACUGAUUAUUCUCCUAUCCAUAAUCUCACUUCCCUGGGUUACUUACUAUAUCAGUGAUGUUGCUGGACCAACACCAUUCUAUUUGGAGAGAUGUGCAGAUGACUGAAGAUGGUGGUAUCAGGCACAAGAAAAAUGCAUAACCUGCCACUCCAAUGCUCUAUCCCUGCAUAGAAAGAGUGGUUAAUUUUUCUCUAGUAUCCUUUACUGUCACCAUCCCACUGCUGGCUUUCAGAAGAGCAUGGUCAAAAGAAAAAUCUCAACAGUACUACAAUUUAACUCUUAAUAGCCUUUGUCCAUCCCAUAGGAAUGACUUUACACCCCAGACCUUACCUCUACCACAGUCUCAACAGUUCUCUUCUACUCAAGGUGACCUAUAAAAACGGCUUUUAUUAAUACCCAGAAUAUAAUGCUGAGAAACACUGUUCUCUCACAUCAUAGACUAUUAUCUAUUUUCUCAUACAUCUCUAAUCAUCAUCUUAAAGGAUCUGAGCCAUGUGGUCACUUUGAUACAACAGAGCAGCAACCUGAUUCCCAAACCAGAUGCAAAGCUUCAUACAGUGGGUUUUCAUACGCUGCAUUCCUCAUUUAUCCUGGCAUUAUAUUUUCCAAAGAAAAACAGGAAUGGGAUUCUCCUUAGUUCCCUUGCGUGGGGGAACACAAGGUGAUCUUCCUAACAUUUCUAAAGAAAUGUGGCCAACAACACAACCCUCUCAGCUUUAGAGUGACUGUAAGAAAGCAGCAAGGGGCUUCCCUGGUGGCGCAGUGGUUGAGAAUCUGCCUGCCAAUGCAGGGGACACGGGUUCGAACCCUGGUCUGGGAAGAUCCCACAUGCCACGGAGCAACUAGGCCCGUGAGCCACAACUACUGAGCCUGCGCGUCUGGAGCCUGUGCUCCGCAACAAGAGAGGCCGCGACAGUGAGAGGCCCGCGCACCGCGAUGAAGAGUGGCCCCCGCUCGCCGCAACUAGAGAAAGCCCUCACACAGAAACGAAGACCCAACACAGCCAAAAGUACAUUAAAAAAAUAAAAUAAUUAAAAAAAAAAAAAGGCAGCAAGGACUACCCAAGCUCCACUGUGUUCCUAGAACCUUUAGAAAAAACACUAGUUCACAUGAGCUCAAACAUUUCAAUCCUGAACUGAUACCCUCUUCCCUGAGUUCCUUAGAAUCAGGUAAACCAAGCUCAAAGCAUGUACAAAUCCCCUUACCCCUCCUUCCUACUGAGCCUCAUCAUGGUUCUUCAUGGUGAGUACUCUCACUUGCUGCAAGUUAGGACACCUGACUUGGGUUAACUAUAGAGCUGAUCCUGGGGUGUCUAGCUGGGCUUCAUUACAACUCCAGGAAAGAAAGUCAUGUGAGAGCAUCCAGAGAGAACUAGCAGUCUUUCAACUGUGCUCUUAGUGGUCAGAGAGAAGAGAAUUUGGUGUUAAUUUUUUUGGACGCUACUAAUUUUUUUGGAGGGUGAGGGUGGAAUAUGCUCCCUUUUACUUUAUGCAUAUAAGUAAUGUUUUUAACUGUUCAAAAAAUAUCUGAAAGAUUUGAGAAAAGCUCUGUUUCCUUCAACUAAUGUGACAAGAAAAAAGGUCCAGAGAUUUAGGUCUGUCCAUAAUAUUCUCAUAGCUAUAGUGUAGACAUAUUGUACAUUAAAAACUCAGCAUUGUUGUGACCACCUAGAGGGGUGGGAUACGG